UGGGCGCGGACGCAGCUCGCGGACCACGCGGCGGACGCGCGGACGGUCGUCGGACCGGAGCGACUCGAGCGCGGCGAGUCGGGCGACGUCAUGUGGGACGCCAUGCAGCGCUGCCUGAUCCGCCACGGCGAGCUCCACAACAACCUGCGCAUGACCUGGGGCAAGGCCUUCCUCCGCUGGGCGCCGACGCCGCGCGAGGCCUUCGACCUCGCGAUGCGCCUCAACGAUGCCUACGCCCUCGACGGCCUCGACCCGAACUCCUACGCGGGCGUCGCCUGG